UCGCGAUGGUUCUCGACGGUGAUCAAAGAAUUGAAUGUUCUCCUCCUCCAUGGGAAGAAUAUCAGCCUUGAUGAAGGCGUCGAGCUUGGCGAGGUAGGCCUGAAGCUCAGGCGGAUAGUCGAAAUUCAUGGCGAGUGGAUUGACAGUUCAGUGCGUCCGUGAUGGUUUCAAGGUGAAGAAGCCCUGCUCCAAUACCUAUGCCUGGUGAUCAGUGCUCAGCUACGUAUUCUCCGUCUGGGGUAAUCAUGGGGAUAAUGCGGGGAAGCCGCAGGCCUCGGCAGCCACACUACGACUGUCCGAGACUCCGUCAUGUAAUGUAUUUCAUUCUCUUCACGGGCAGAAUUAUCGAUGGACUCAUUCUUUCAGAGUAUCGACAAUGGCUGGCCUAGUACGACAGCCCAUUGACGUUGGAGCCCUCGAGGCCUACAUAGGUCAGCACGUGCCAGGCAUCGAGUUGCUCCUUGACGUGAAGCAGUUUGGCUUUGGCCAGUCCAAUCCAACCUACCAGCUCACCAGUCCAGAUGGCUCCCGAUACGUACUUCGCAAGAAGCCUCCCGGCAAGCUGAUCUCCCAGGCUGCGCAUAGGGUCGAGCGCGAACACCGCAUCAUCGAGGCCCUGGGUCCUACUAAUGUCCCGGUGCCAAAGACAUACUGCUUGUGCGAGGAUAACUCCGUCAUUGGCACACCAUUCUACAUCAUGGAGUUCCUGGACGGGCGGAUCCUAGAGGAUGCGGGUAUGCCGGGCAUGACUGCCAAGGAGAGAAGCAGUCAUUGGAAGGCGGCCGUCAAGACCCUGGCCAAAUUCCACAGCGUCGACUUUAGAAAAGUUGGGCUGGGGGAUUUCGGCAAACACAGCAGCUUUUAUGACCGGCAGGUCGCGACGUGGCGGCACAUGUCAGCAUCCCAAGAAAAAGUGGCAGACGUCAAGACAGGAGAACCCGUUGGGCCCAUCCCUCAUCUCGACGAGAUGCUUGCCUUUUUCUCUGAUAAGCGACAUCAGCCAAAGGACCGCACAACACUUGUCCAUGGCGACUACAAGAUCGACAACAUGGUAUUCCACCCUAGUCGCCCCGAAGUGAUCGGCCUUCUCGACUGGGAGAUGGCCACUGUCGGCCAUCCGCUCCUGGACCUGGCCAACAUGAUUCAUGCGUUCCAUUUGGGCCCCCUGCAGGCCAAGCUGGGCUUCCUGUCGGACACCUUCCGACCGGGGACUACGCCUGGCCUGCCGACACCAGAUGACAUUAUGAGGUGGUAUAGCGAGGAGUCAGGUUGGGACCCGAAGCCAGACAUGGCUUGGGCUGUUGCGUUUGCUGUUUUUCGCGCGUCUGCCAUCAGUCAGGGCAUUGCGGCCCGGGUGGCUGGCAAGCAAGCGACGAGCUUGGUCGCCAAGCAUUAUGCAGAGGCUUUUAAGCCGCUCGGUGAAUAUGCGUGGGAACUCGUUCAGAUGGAGAGGGACAGAGUGACUAGGCAGGCCCGUCUCUAGACUGUAUUUGUGCGGAUUUCCAGCCUCGAGCUUCACCUUGCAACAGAGAUGUUUACAAAGCCGGCAUGCCAAGUACAUUGCCCCCGUUCGCCAUAGCCACAGGUCUGGAACGGAC